CAAACAACCGUCGCUGCCUGACGCAACUUCUCUCACCACAAACCAUAACCACCUUAUACACCCUUGCACACUCGACCUGCAGCUCUACACAUAUAGCGCUGUUCUGUAUCGCCACCAGCUUCGCCCUCACUUGACGCUACACAUCACGCCCGCUUGAACCAACAGCAGCAGUCAAUAUGCAGAUCAAAGUACGGACCCUCACCGGCAAGGAGAUCGAGCUCGAUAUCGAACCAGACUACAAGGUAUCAAGGAUAAAGGAGCGCGUCGAGGAGAAGGAGGGCAUCCCGCCGGCACAGCAGCGCUUGAUUUACGGAGGCAAGCAGAUGGCCGAUGACAAGACCGCAGCAGACUACCAGCUCGAGGGCGGUGCAACGCUUCAUCUCGUACUUGCUCUUCGUGGCGGCCGCUAGAACCCCUCCUGCACGAGCUUGAAGGUGACUUGAUGCUGACGUUCUUCUCGUGGCGCUACGUAUACUACCUAGGCCAAAAGUGAUGGGUCACGAUGUGGAAUGAGUCGAGUCAUCGACACCAGCCGAAACCUUCGUUGAUGGCAACAGUGGUUCUGCUCGUCGUGUGGAUGAUCCGAGGCACGAUGGCAGCAGCUUGACGAAGGUGGAAGGAGAACGCAUCCGGAGCUACCCGGCACUAUUCAUGCACGUAUGUCGAGCAAGGUAUAAUUGAAUGAUUGGACCACAAGCUGUGCCGUAUUUACAUUUACUUCUUAUGCCAGACAUUCGACAUUCAAUUUCAAUCAAGCUAGCAAUCGACUUACACUGAGCAGUCCUUGGCCUACAAAGCCACUCGGCUGCUCACACGACUCGGCUGGACAUCUGUGUAGUCUGACAAUCUCU